CAAGUGCUAGUUUAGUUUAUUUCCAUAUAUUUAAUUUGCCUCUAUUCCUGUUCUUCUGUAUCAGAAAUGCAAUGUAUGUACACUUCAAUUUCUUCCUUGAGCUUUGGCAAGGGCAAUCAGGUUGCCAAUGGCAGCUUCAUCGCCUGUUAUUAAGUUAUUCCUUUCUAACCAGUAUUGCAAUAGUACUAGUUAUAAUAAAAGUAGUCAAGCAGCCAAAAACACCUGUGCACAAGUUAGAGGACUGUGUAGCAGGGGAUUGCUAAAGGAGGCAAUGGCGAUCCUGAACGAUAUGUGCAUGUCGGUGUCUGCUGCAGAGAUGGAUGCAUGUGUCCUGCAAACGUGCACCCACUCCACAGCCAUCGCUGAAGGGAAGAAAACUCAUAUCCAUAUUCGCUCAAAUGGAUUUGACAAAAAGCCAAUAUUACAAACUAAACUUGUGAGCAUGUAUACCACAUUUGGGAAUAUGUUGGAAGCACGCGAUGUGUUUGACAAAAUGGCCAAGCCAAAUGUCUUUGUGUGGAAUGCCAUGAUUAGAGGGUAUGCUUCAAAGCAACUCUAUGAUGAGGCUCUUACAAUUUUUCAUCAAAUGCAAGUGGUAGGUUAUGCCCAGUUGGGCUAUUACACUGAGUCACUGCAACUCUUCUGUCAAAUGGAACUCGAAGACCUGAAUCCCGGCUCUAUGACAAUUGCAAGUGUCCUUCCUGCAUGUGCCAACUUAGGGGAUUUGGUUCGAGGAAAGGAAAUUCAUGCUUAUGUAACUAGAAAUGGAUUUGAGUUGGACAUUUCUGUAGGUACUACUCUUGUAGAUAUGUAUGCCAAAUGCAACUCCGCAGAGAAUUCGCGCAAGAUAUUUGAUAGCAUGUCUCAGAGAGAUGUUGCUUCCUGGAAUGUCAUGAUCGCAGGUUAUGUUCAGACCGGGCAUUGUGGUGAGGCUUUAAAACUCUUCUGCAAAAUGCAAAGGACACACAUUAAACCCACCUCAUUCACUAUUGCCUCUCUUCUUCCAGCAUGUUCCUAUUUGACAACCCUCCGCCACGGAAAGCAGAUCCAUGAUUUUGCUAUCAGGUGCAGAUUUGAUUGCAAUAGUUUUGUGGGCAGUGCUAUCAUAGAUAUGUAUGUCAAAUGUGGCAGCCUUGAAAUUGCACGAAAAGUAUUUGACAAAUUGUCUCAAAGAGAUGUUAUUUGUUGGACGACAAUGAUAAUGGGGUAUGCCUUGCAUGGUUUUGGUCAAGACGCUCUCAUACUUUUUCACCAGAUGCAAGAGGCAGGCGUUAAGCCUAACUAUGUCACCUUUAUUGCUGUUCUGACUGCUUGCAGCCACUCAGGGAUGACGGAUGAAGCUUGGAAAUAUUUCAAUUGUAUGAAACAAGAUUAUCUCAUUGUACCUAGAGUGGAACACUAUGCAUGUAUGGUUGAUCUUCUUGGUCGAGCGGGACGCCUAGCUGAGGCAUAUGAGUUCAUUAAAAGUAUGCCCAUAGAACCUGAUGCUGGAGUGUGGGGGACUUUGCUUGGUGCCUGUAGGGUUCAUUGCAAUACAGAUCUAGGAAAAGAAGUAGCAGAGUACAUUUUUGAGUUAGAGCCACGAAAUGCAGGUUACUAUGUUCUGCUGUCAAAUAUUUAUGCUGCAAUUGGUAAUUGGGAUAAUGUAUCCAAGUUGAAAUUAAUGGUGAAAGACAGAGAAAUGAAGAAGAACCGGGCCUUGAGCUGGAUUGAAGUAAAGAAUAGUGUUCAUGCAUUUCUCGCUGAAGACAGAUAACAUCCACAAUCAGAAAAAAUCUAUGCAAACUUGGACAGUUUGUAUGGGCAGAUGAAGGUGACAUAAUACGUGGCUGAUACAAUCUGUGUACUCCCUAGUCUCCAUAGGGAGUAAAAUAAAUAAAUAUAUAUAUAUAGAGAGAGAGAGAGAGAGGGGUUGUGAUGUAUUUUGGGGUUGUUAAUACAAUUUCUGGAAUACCUUUCAAGGUAGCCAAGAACUUUUGCAAAGAUGAGUGGUCCAGUGCACUCGUACAUAAUUCAAUUUCAACAUAUCGUGCCAUGAAAUUUCAAGAGAGAUGCAAGCUACUUAUGAUGCGUAAAGAAUUACUCAUGUUCUGAUUUGAACUAUAAGUAAUGUUUAAAGGAACAAAGGAUAAAUAAUUUUUGUUCCAGUCUAGAAGAAGCACAUGUCUUCUAUUGACCCGUUCAUUGGCAAUCCACUUGAUGAGAGAUAUGCUGCUUUUCCUUUAUGGCAGCAUUUAGAGAUCAACGACACAACAAAAUUGAGUGGAUGCACCAUUUCUGUGACAAUCAUGUAGAACAUGAUACUAUUUAUUGGAUUGCAAGGUCGUGGAAAUGUUUAGAACAUAAAGACAUAGAUAACAGGUUUCUUCAAUUCUAAAAUGUUUAAGGUAUUGACUAAUGAGGCAGAUAAUGAUGGAAAAGGAAAGGCGUCAGUGGGGAAACAUUGAUUACAGUGGGAAAACUCUUUGCAAAAUUGGACAGCUUUCUUCAGCACAUUAAGCCAGCAGGAUAUGCCUCAUAACAACUACCCCUCCCCGGGGGUAUAAAGGAACAGUCAAGGCCUCGACUAGAUUGGGAAGUCCGGCUUUGUGAUGUAAAAGUGACCCGCACAUGCAGAUCUAGUCCACUGAUGUCAGUCGAGUAGUUAGAUUUUAAGUGUUUGUCUUCCUAAAGAUAGAAGUGGUUGUUGACUGCCCUAUUUUGGAGGAAGAGGCAAAGUAGUGAGUAACAGGGUUUGUCACAAUUGAAAUAGAGUAAAAGGAAGUUUUCUCAAAUGUACAAAGAGAGAAGAAGAGGAAAGUAAAUAUUCUAACCUUGAUGAUGUGGAAGAGGAGCUUUUAGAGGUUGAGGUAGAGGUAAGGGUAAAUGCCAACAAUUUUGUUUUGAUACUAGAGACCCUUGCAGUGCUACUGUUGCAGAAGGCCUCAUAAAGACAUUGAUUGUUUUGAAAACCAAGAGCCAAUGGAGCCACGAAAGCCAAGAGGAACGACAAACAAAUACAGUUGAAGCAAAAGUAAGAGAGAACUUGAUGCAGCAAAGAACCUUGAUAUGAGGAAACAAAGAGAACCCAGAAGCUGAUUGGAGGGGAAAGAGUAUCAUUUGAACGCAAUGGACGAAGUGUACAAGGUGAUUGUGGAUGGAGGAUCAAUUGACAAUCUGUAAUUAUAAUUUGGUGUUUUUUUUUCUAGUUCUAUUUAAUUUCAAUAAUGAAUCAUAGAGUAUAAUCAGAAACGUUGAUGUUAAAUUAGUAAAGGUAUAUCAUUUUUA